UUCUCUCAGCCAAGGGGAGCAUUUCCCCCAAAAGAUCAUGUAGGACUUGGCUUUUGAAGUGCUUUCCAGUUAGCAAAGUGGUUUGUAUAAUUCUGCCUCCCACAGGCUGACGUACUCAGUGUGGGAAGCCCUCCCCUCGUGGCUGGCUCAGAGCCGGUGGUGCUGCAGGAUGGCCAAGGACAGCCAGGUCUCCUGGUGCAGCUUGUCCCACUGCUUACUCAGUCACAGGUCACAGCGGAGUGGGGCUUCUAAGCAGUGAAGCAGCUUGAGAUUGCCUGAAACGGAUGUGGCUAGGGAGCUGCACAGAUUUCUUCUGGUCUGCAUGAGGAUCCAGCAGCCCAGUUUCUGGAGGGCUCAAGCAUGUGUAGCUCUUGGGUUGUAUUAGCCUUUUGCUGCUUGGGACAGCUGUGUGCAGAUCAAAGCCUGAAGCCUCAGAUUGCAGCCCCUCAGCUUGCUACAAAUAAUCCCACUCUUACUACAGUUGCUCUAGAAAAACCUUUCUGUAUGUUUGACAGCUCACUGCAUCCAAAUAAAUCUUACGUCAUCUACUUGUAUGCAAUGAAGGAAACAGCAAGUGCAAUAAGCUCCCUGGUGACUGACAACAGCGGCAAACCACUCGACAGCACCUUCCAACAAACAAGUGGCGGGCAGCUUGGACCUUACAAAGCUGCCUUGUUUGAUGUACCCAAUUGUGCAUCGCCUCCCAGAUUUGCUGAUGUAGGAGAUGUUAACAAAGUUUCUGAUGUCCUGAAACGAUACCUCUUCAGAGUCGGGGAUGAUGGGACAUGUUUGUACGACCCAAACUUCCUAGCUGUCUGUAACCCACCUCUUGCACCAGAUACAACAUACAGGUUUAAAUAUGUGUUGCUAGAUAGCACUGAAGGUAUCAUGAAAGACCAAACUCUCUGGUCUGAUCCAAUCAAAACCAGAAGAGUUAAACUUCCCUUGAAAAUUGACACCUGGCCUGGUCGAAGGAGUGGAGACAUGAUUGUCAUUACAUCGAUCCUAAGUGUUCUUGUGUUCCUUCUGCUUGCUGGCUUUCUUGCCUCUGUGUCCUCUGCUGCCAUGGGAUCAAAAGAUUCUACUGCAGAGACAAGGUGCAUGUCUCAGACUAUUCAACAAAGUGAACCGAGACCGCAGUUAAGCUCUGAGUGAACAACCUGAUUCAAGUCAAUGGUGGAAAAGCAACUGAAUUGCUACAUGUGCUAGACCUAAGGGACUGUCUCUUCUACUCAACACUAGUCCAAAACAAGCUACAGAGCGCAACCCAGGCAACUGAAGAUGAAUGGCAUACAUGAAAUAAGGACAACUUUUUUGAAGUCUUGCAGUAUGUGAUAUCUUGUCUUGUCCUAAUGAGAUUUGAUUUAGUUAAUUGCCCUGUAUAGAACAUAUCGAAUGCCUGGACUGAAGAAAGAAUCAUCACAAGAUCCUUCAACUUCAGUGGUGUGAUCAGAACUUGUCUAGUACAUGCAUCUCAUCUGGAGUAAGCAUUACUGCAGACCUCUCAUCUGCUUCUUGUGAUCAGAUGAACAUGAUGUAGCCAUUUGUGUCUCAACCUUUCUCUAUAGUAACUGAUGAGGAAUAAAGAAAAACAGGCUGCUUUAGAAAAAGAUGUUCUUAGAGAAAACUAGGGAUUAAAAGGUAGACAACAGGGAGCUACUGCUGCUUCCUCAGGAUUUUAGUGACUAUUUGUGUCAUAAGACUUCCCUUUUUUCCUUUCCUUCCCUAAAAGAAAGCAAGCAAGUGCCCUGUAUGUAGCAGAGUAAUUCUGACCUCAAAUACUUAAAUACCCUCAAACAGCUUUGCAGGGAUGAAAGCUAACAAAACUGCUUCAAAGAAGGUGUGUUCUUUCAGAGCUCUGUAUAAUUUGUUGGUGGGCUAGUGAAGAGGACAUACUGCUCUAGUGGGACACAUGAGUAUAUUCACUGUUGUCAGGCUUAGCCUCAUUCUUUACCUUAGGCAGCUGCAAGCCAGCACUCUUCACUUCUUAGUAUCUAGACCGGUGGGGUUUUUUUAAGCUAAUUCUCUUCCUUCAUUUCAUGAUCUCAGUUGGUGACUAAAAAUAAAUCUUUGCCCCAA